CAUCAGCAGGUGCGGCUAGCAGGUGGUGACGGGGACCUGCUGUCCAGCCUGCACGAGCAACACUCCAUGGCGGGCCAGACCUCCAUGAACAAGAAGCAAGGCGUCUCCGGUGAGUCCUGUUUCCAGAGCAAGACGGCUGAGAAGAUUCACAUACAGCGAUUCGACAAGGACUUCAGAUCGAAACAGCUGAUCAAGGAUGCUAUCAUGGAUAACGACUUCCUUAAGCACCUGGACUCCAGUCAAGUGCGCGAGAUUGUCGACUCUAUGUACCCGCAGGAGUUUGGCGCCAAUACUUGGGUCAUCAGAGAGGGAGAUGCAGGGUCCCACCUGUACGUGUCGGCCAUGGGGGAGUUGGAGGUGGUGAAGGAUGGGGACAUCCUGGGCAGGAUGUCUUCAGGCAAAGCCUUCGGGGAGCUGGCCAUCCUCUACAACUGCACCAGGACCGCGAGUAUUAAAGCGGUGACGGCGGCCAAGGUGUGGGUGCUGGACAGACGAGUGUUCCAGCAGGUGAUGAUGCGGUCUGGACUCAAGCGUCUGGAAGACAACAUUCACUUCCUCUCCAGUGUUCCUCUCCUUCACAACCUCAACCGAGACCACCUCACCAAGAUCGCUGACGCCUUGGAAGUGGACUUCUACGCCCCUGGGACCUACAUUAUUAGACAGGGCACCAGUGGAGACUCCUUCUACAUCCUCAGGUCGGGGAAGGUGCGCGUUACUCAGCGAAUACCCGGUAAGAGUGACGAGGAAGAGAUCAGAGUGCUGCAGAAGGGCAGUUACUUUGGGGAACAGGCGCUGCUGAGGGAGGAGUGCCGCACUGCCAGCGUCAUAGCCAUGGCUCCUGGGGUGGAGUGCCUCACCUUGGACAGAGAAUCAUUUAUUCAACUUAUUGGUGACCUGUCAGAGCUGCGGGACAAGGACUAUGGUGACGAGACGCGAGGGGUCCCCAGACCCAUCACUGGACCACAUAAUGUUGAUGCUGUGGCAGAAUACGCGUACAUUCGCCUGGACGACCUGGACGUUGUGGCAACGCUGGGAGUCGGAGGGUUCGGACGAGUGGAACUAGUACAAUAUGCCCAUGAUAAGACUAUGACUUUUGCCCUCAAGUGCCUUAAGAAACAGCACAUUGUUGAGACACAGCAACAAGAACAUAUUUUUUCAGAGAAGCGAAUCAUGAUGGCAGUUCGUAACCCAUUUGUAGCAAGAUUGUACAAGACCUUCCGAGACAAUAAGUAUGUAUAUAUGAUGAUGGAAGCAUGUCUAGGUGGCGAAGUAUGGACACUCUUGCGUGAUCGUGGUUGGUUUGAAGACCUCACAGCCAGAUUUUACACCGCCUGUGUCGUUGAGGCCUUGGAGUAUUUACACGCCAAGAAUAUCAUUUACAGAGAUCUCAAACCAGAAAAUCUCUUGCUGGAUUCUACAGGAUAUGCAAAGUUGGUUGACUUUGGAUUCAGCAAGAAGCUUGGACCCAGCAGCAAAACGUGGACAUUUUGUGGCACUCCGGAGUACGUGGCACCCGAGAUCAUCCUCAAUAAGGGCCAUGAUAAAGCAGUUGACUACUGGUCUAUUGGCAUCCUUAUGUACGAGCUGCUGACUGGAACGCCACCUUUCACGGCUUCAGAUCCUAUGAAGACAUACAACAUAAUAUUAAAAGGUAUUGACAUGAUCGACUUUCCACAACACGUGAGCCGCAAUGCUAUCUCACUUAUCAAGAGGCUCUGUCGCGAGAGUCCCGCAGAAAGACUUGGAUAUCAGCGUAAUGGCAUACAAGAUAUUAAAAAACACAAGUGGUUCCUAGGUUUUGACUGGGAUGGACUUCGAACAAGAUCUCUCCAACCGCCAAUAAUUCCGAAGAUUAAAGGUCCUGCUGAUGCCAGCAACUUUGACUCGUACCCUCGAGAUGUUGAUGUUCCAGGAGAUGAACUCAGUGGUUGGGAUCUUGACUUUUAAACUCUUGAAAUUACAAAAAAGUUGUAAUUUUUGGAGACACUAGAAAGUGACAUGCUGCUUCUCCAGCAUGAAUAAUGGAAAUACUAUAAGAAAAACUAAACUGCCUUUAAAGAAAACCUCAAUUUAUAGAAAGCUACAACACAUUUUGAAAGCUUAUAUGGUGUACAAUAUUUCUUUGGAUAUAAACUUAACAUUUUGUAAACUUUUAAACAAAAACAAGUUAAGUGUAAAACUAUUCCUAGAAGGUUGCAGAACAAGUUUACUUGUAAACUGCCGUGUUAUAAUUCUUUGCGGUACUUCUAUAACGUUUUAUAGCAAAAUCAGUACUGUACAGUGAUCAUGACUUCUCUAUUACCUCUGCAUAAAACUCUUAGAGCAAGAUUUGUGUUUCUUAGAAUAUGUGCUAAUAGCAUUGCUCUGACCACCCACAUAUUUUGUUAUAGUAAUUAUUUAUUAUUAUACUGUAUUAUAGAAACAAACAAGUUUUAUUCUUUUU